AUGGCGGUAGCUGUCCCGAGAGGAAGGCUCGAGGCGGUCAGUGACUGGGCUCCUACUGUGUGCGCCGCUGUGGUGCGAGACGAUGGGACUUCUGGCUCCGGGGCCGUUCAGGCUCUCGCGUUAACUUUGACUUGCGAGCUGAUGUUUCGUCUACUCAAGAAGGGAGUCCAAUUCAAGUGCGACGACAAGUACCAAAGGGCCUUCGAUGCGAUUUGGAGAUAUCUUCAAAAUCCAUCUGUUCUAAUGCUGCCUGUCCCAAGAAAACCUUUGAUCCUAUACUUGUCCGUCACCUCAUCCUCAAUGUGGUGCAUGCUAGCACAAAAGGGAGACGAUGGGGUUGAAAAGAAAAUUUACUAUCUAAGAAAAAAGAUGGUUGGAUGCGAGGAAAGGUACACUUCACUAGAAAAAGACAUGUUGGGCUCUUUUCUGGGCCUCCAAAAAGCUAAGACACUACAUGCUUGCUUACUCAGUAGUGCUGAUUUCUCAAAUGGACCCUGUCAAAUAUAUGUUUGA